AUGGCGGCGGCCAUAUCUGGGAAAUUUUUGGAUUCAUGUCUGGACGCUGGAGACGUGUCGUCCAUCUUUAUUUACAGUGACUGCUCUGCUGUCAGGGAGAGGAAGGGCGAGCGCCUCAACUCAGAUGCAGUUGUCCGGUAUUCGUACCUGCCCUUGUCGACUAAUCAGAGAUCCAGCUCUGUUAACGGCACCUGGGAGCCUGAUGGCGUCACUUUUUUCAUCAUCCAGGGCCUCGCCAACCUUGGUGAGAAAAAGAUGAUAGUUUUUGUCCUCCUGCUUCUGGGUUACAUCAUCAUCCUGGGAGGAAACAGCAUGAUCAUCUUUGUGGUGCUGACUGACUCAAAGCUCAACUCUCCCAUGUAUUUCUUCCUCUCCAACCUUUCUUUCGUGGACAUCCUCUUCACCACCACCACCAUCCCUAAAAUGCUGUUGGGCCUCCUGACAGACGUGAAUACCAUUUCCGUCCCAGGCUGCUUACUCCAGAUGCAUUUCUUCGUUCAGCUGGCUGUUACCGGUCGUGCCAUCCUGACUGUCAUGGCGUACGACCGCUACGUGGCCAUCUGCAACCCUCUGCGCUACACGGCGGUCAUGACUCGGCCCGUCCGGCUGCUCCUCAUCGCAGGAGCCUGGAGUUUUGCCGCCUUCUGCACACUACCAGCUACCUCCAUGACCUGGCAGCGGCUUUACUGCGGCCCCAAUGUGGUGAGGAAUGGCUGGUGUGACCUGUCGUCUGUACGGCGCCUGGUGUGUGGUAACACCGUCAUAGAUAACAUUGUGUCCAUUUCCUUCGCCAUACUGGCACUACUGACCACAGGAGUCCUCAUCCUCACCUCCUACAUCCUGAUUGGUGUUUCCAUAUCGAGGAUGGGUGUUGCUCAAAGUCUUAAGGCCUUCAGGACGUGUGCCGCCCACCUGACUGUGGUGUCCAUCUCUUACAGCUCGGCCUCGUUUGUAUACAUCUCCUACAGGGUGGGAAACUUUUCACCUGAGGUUCGUAUCAUUGUGUCUGUGCUGUACUCCGCUCUGACUCCUUUCCUAAACCCCCUGAUCUACAGUCUGAGGAACGAGGAGCUGAGAGAGUCCAUCAGGAGGACUCUGAGCAGGUUCAGACCUGCUGCUGUGUUACCCACAAAGAACGUCCACACAGUGUCCUGA